UGCGGGAGAGAACCGGGGAGGAUCCGUUCACUACUGUGUCAAGCCGUCUGACGCUCUGCUCCCAUUGAGGAAUACUGAACGUUAUAAGUGGAUGAAUUUAACGUGUCGCUUUUGAUUUUACAUCUCACUGGAGACCACCGGAGAGAGGAUUUUUCCAACUACUGCUCAGACUGCAUUUCCACUCCUGAGACGACAACCCCAUUUAUGCUCCAGUGCCAUCAACUUUGUGGCAUUGCCAUGUGGAAGGUAACUUAAUCUUCCAUCACUAACCUGUCCCAUGUCUGAGGAUAGUGAUCCAAAGCACUACCUGUACUCAACCCUGGACGGGCGUGAACGGAACCGGGAAAGGGCAGGCUUGCACGUGGAGGAAGCGCAGGGCACUCCCUGCAGCUCCGUUAGCCAGCUUCACCGCAUGGCCAGCUACAGUGAGGGUUGUGGCGGGCAAGAUGGGGUCGAACUCGAACCAGAGUUAGGAUUGGCCUCCGAAGGGAGCGACAGCAGCCAUGAGCACCCGGCCUCACUGGGGUCCCCGCAUGAUGACAGGAAGAGACCGCGCCCACCUUUGCACGAGGAUGUGGAGAUGGGUGGCAGUGGCUCGAGCGGGAGCGGGACAGAAUCCCAUGGCAACGAGUCGCACGGCAAUGAGUCCCACGGCAACGAGUCGGUGGGCAGCUCAAAUGGCAAUGGCAAGGAUUCCGCUCUCAUGGAGUCCUCGGGGAGCAACAAGAGCUCAAACUCUCAUAGCCCCUCCCCGCCAAGCAGCUCCAACGCUUUCAGUCUGGUGAGCUCCGAGCAGGACAACCCAUCAACCAGUGGCUGCAGCAGCGAACAGUCAGCCAAAGCUAAGACACAGAAGGAGCUCUUCAAGACGCUCAAGGAGCUGAAGAUGCACUUGCCGUCAGAAAAAAGGAGCAAGGGCAAGUCGAGCACUGUCAAUACGCUCAAGUAUGCACUGCGCUGUAUCAAACAGGUGAAAGCCAAUGAGGAGUACUACCAGAUGCUGAUGAUUAACGACAGUCAGCCACCAGGGUUUGAUGUAACAUCUUACACCAUUGAGGAAAUCAACAGCAUCACCUCGGAAUACACCCUUAAAAACACAGAUAUAUUCGCUGUAGCAGUGUCUCUCAUCACGGGGAAGAUUGUUUACAUCUCUGACCAGGCAGCAUCCAUCUUGAACUGCAAGCGGGAAGUGUUCGACAAUGCCAAGUUUGUGGAGUUCUUGACUCCUCAGGAUGUCAGCGUGUUCUACAGCUUCACCACACCAUACCGCCUGCCCUCAUGGAGCAUGUGCACAGGAGCAGAGUCAUCUCCCACGGAGUGCAUGCAGGAGAAAUCCUUCUUUUGCCGCAUCAGUGGUGGCAAGGACCGCAAAGGAGACCUCCAAUACUAUCCUUUCCGUAUGACUCCAUACCUGAUGAAGGUCCAGGACACUGAGCUGGCUGAGGAGCAGUUCUGCUGCCUCCUGCUGGCUGAGAGGGUGCACUCUGGAUAUGAAGCUCCCAGAAUACCUUCAGACAAGCGUAUUUUCACCACGACACACACCCCUAACUGUGUGUUCCAGGAUGUUGAUGAGAGGGCUGUGCCUUUAUUGGGGUACCUCCCUCAGGACCUGAUAGGGACCCCCGUGCUGCUCAACCUACACCCAAACGACCGACCCUUAAUGCUGGCUAUACAUCGCAAAAUUCUGCAGUACGCUGGUCAGCCGUUUGAUCAUUCUUCAAUACGUUUCUGUGCAAGAAACGGAGAGUACAUCACCAUCGACACCAGCUGGUCCAGCUUUGUCAAUCCCUGGAGCCGCAAGGUCUCCUUCGUCAUUGGCAGGCACAAAGUGCGCAUGGGUCCUGUGAACGAAGAUGUUUUUGCAGCACCGGCUUUCCAUGGAGGGAAGAUCAUGGAUUCAGACAUCCAGGAAAUCAGUGAACAGAUUCACCGGCUGCUUCUUCAACCGGUCCACAACAUGGGCUCCAGUGGUUAUGGUAGCCAUGGCAGCAAUGGCUCCCAUGAGCAGCUGGUGAGCAUCAGCUCAUCCAGUGAAAGCAAUGGGAACAUUACAGCAGGGAACACAGCAGAGGACACGGGCAGGACCAAGCCCGCCAGGACUUUCCAGGAGGUCUGUAAAGGUGUCCACAUGCUCAGGAAUCAGGACCCUCAGAUCGGCCUGCAUUCCCCAUCUCCCACGCCGUCACCGUCUCUCCCCAAACAUGAGCAGAAGAAGACCUCUGAGACAUUGGCAGCUCAAAGAUGUUCAACUGUGCGUCCAAAAGACUCGGUGCUCCCUCUGCAGGCCAGAGACAGUACUGCAGCCAGCAUGGAGGACUUUACCUACAAAGACCAGACUGUGUGCUCCUACCAGCAGAUUAGCUGCCUGGAUAGUGUCAUCAGGUAUCUGGAGAGCUGUAAUAUACCCAUCACAGUGAAAAGAAAAUACCAGUUCUCCUCAAACACCACCUCCUCCAACUCUGAUGAUGACAAGAAGGGCUCAGAGGAUGGCAUGCAAGUCCCUCAGGAUACAAAUGCAGAUCCCUUGAUGUUGGAUUCUCAGUCAGGCCUGUCAAACAUGAAAGCACUAAAGAAGCCUCCAUCUGGGGCAGCUGCUGUGGUGGGAGGCCCCCUGGCACCCCUCACUCUGCCCAGUAAGGCUGCGAGUGUGGUGUCCAUCACUUCUCAGUGCAGCUAUAGCAGCACCAUUGUACAUGUGGGAGACAAGAAACCUCAGCCAGAGUCUGAGAUAAUUGAAGAUGUUGCAGAGAGCCCAGCACCCCCUGCGCUGCCUGUCAGUAUGGUGUCUCCACCCAGCCAAGAAAAGGAGGCCUACAAGAGGCUGGGCCUGACCAAGCAGGUGCUGGCAGCACAUACCCAGAAAGAGGAGCAGGCCUUCCUGAACCGAUGCAGAGAGCUCCGUAGUUCCAGGAGCUUCCAGAGGGACUGUUCCACAUACCUGCACAAGCACAGAGGUCCACCCAAUGUUGAAGAAUCACCUGGACCACGAGGCACUGCUAAACAAGGCACCGUUAGGCCAGAAACUACUGCCAAGAAGGGUAACCGCAACAGGAAGUCCAAGAAGCCACGGAUGAAGCAUCCUGAUUCAUCUGAUAGCGCUGUGUCAAACCGUAAACCACGGCCCCCUCUCCAGGGCCUCAACCAGACCUCUUGGUCCCCGUCAGAAGCAUCGCAAUCCGCUUUUAAUGUGUCCUACCCCACCAUGGUGCCUGCAUAUCCGCUCUACCCACCAACACCUGCUGCUCCAGCUCAGGCUCCCCGACCUGACCCCUCUCUCUCUACAGGAUUUGGAGAGGGGCAGAGCACCCAAGCCCCACCUACUGCCCCUCCGUUUCCUGCACCCAUUGUUACACCUGUGGUAGCUCUGGUGCUACCCAAUUACCUCUUCCCCCAAAUAGGACAAAUAGGAGCUACUCCGAGACCAGCAUUUUUCCCUGAGCAGGCCCAGACGCAGCCUUCAUUCGCUACCCAGCAACCCUUUCAGCCCCCUCAGCCAACCUACACCAUACAGACGCAACCCCCCUUCACCAGUCAACAGCCAUUUCCUGUGCAGACUGCCUUCACCCCCCAACAGCCAUUCCAAGCUGCUCAGACCCCUUAUACUACCCAGCAGCCUUUCCAGGCUGCUCAGGCCGCCUUCGCUACUCAGCAGCCGUUCACCGCCCAGCCGUCUUUCCCAAUGCAGGCCCAGUUUGUGGCUCAAGCCCCCUUUCCACCUCAACCUUUCCCCUACACUCUCUCCAGCGAGCCUCCCAAGACUCCUGCAGCGGAGCCUCGAGAGGGUGCGGCGUCACGAUCUUCAACCCCUGCUUGGGGCGAGAGAGCCCCCACAUCACCGCCGCUGUUUGAGUCCCGCUGUAGCUCGCCCCUGCAGCUCAAUCUGCUGAGCAUGGAGGAGGGGCAGCGCUCAGUGGAGCGUCAGGACACUACAGUAGCCUCUGCUGGAGGACAGGGUGGCAGUGCGGCGACAGCGUCUGUAGGAGUGGGAACAACAGGGGAGAAGAACGGAGGCGCAGCCAAGUCUGAUAGCCAACAGCAGGUGGAGUCUCCAGGAAACGGGGCUCACAGUGACGGGAACUCAUCAUCCUGCGACCUGCUGGACAUUUUGCUGCAGGAGCAUGAAGACUCUCACUCUGGUACUGGAUCAGCCACGUCUGGCUCCAUGGGCUCAGGGUCAGGCUCUGGACUGGGCUCGGGAUUAGGCUCAGGCUGCAUUGGCUGUGGUACCUCAGCUAGCGGCGGCUCUGGCAGCAGAACAGGGAGCAGCAACACCAGCAAAUACUUUGGCAGUGUCGACUCUCUUGAGCACGACCCCAAGUCUAAAAACAAGAUGAGGGGAGAGGGAGGGUCUGAAGGCGGCAAGCCGCAGGACAAAGUCUCAUCUCAAGGGGAGGGAGAGCAUUUCAUCAAGUAUGUCCUACAGGAGCCCCUCUGGAUGCUGAUGGCCAACGUUGACGACAAGGUCAUGAUGACAUAUCAAAUGCCAUCCAGAGAUAUUCAAAGGGUUUUGAGGGAAGACAAGGAGAGGCUGAGGCAGAUGCAGAAGAGCCAGCCUCACUUUACGUCAGACCAGCGACGAGAGCUAGUGGAGGAACACCCCUGGAUGAGGAGGGGAGGCCUGCCUGCUGCCAUCAACGUUAAGGAGUGUGUGUACUGCGAGGAUGCGGCAGCGGCACCCAUCGAGGAGGAUCUUCCCGACAUGGACAUGGGUGAGCUGGGCGAGGAGCUGAGCCGAGAGGGUCAGAACACCCAGAGCCAGUCCGGGGAGCCUCAGCCUCAACCGGAAUCCGUCUCCUGAACGGCCAGCAGAGGGCGUGUGCAUACAUAGACACUAUGGAUGUGACAAACAGCUGUGUGCCUGACCAUCCUGAAGAACACGUACAUGCACACUACAAGCAGAACUUUGUGUUGUGAGUGUGAUGGUUAGGAGGGUGUACGCUGCUUGUGUGUGUGGGUGUUGGACUGCUACUGUGGUCCAGUUCCUAAUGCGCCCCAAUAGGAGGCAGUAGUGCUGUAUGGGGGUUUUUGUGUGAAAGAUCCCCAUACAGCAAGUCACUUUGUCUCUAUUUUUUUAUUUAUUUCUCUGUUAAAUGCAGAGCACAGUACAAAACUAAAACUAAUGACUGAGAGAUACUACUUUUAAAUAUGUAAGGUUUUUAAAUGUUUUUUUUUUUUAUUAUUAUUAUUAUUCUAAGUGUCAAGCUGUCAGAAUCAGCCGGGCUUUGCUGUUAGAAGUUUCUUCUGCCCAAUUUUGUUUGUUUAUUCCUGACUCACCACAUGAUCCCAUUUAAAAACAAAAAAAACAAAAACGGAAAACAACAAAAAAAAACUCAGGAUCCACAUCAUUUUCUUGUUAGGAAUAGUAGAAUAGUGGGGAUUCUUAUUGGAUGAUGAAGGUCAGUGGGCGGGGAUUGGCACUUUUUGUAUUUUGAAUGAGUUUAAUGUCACUGCUCGCCCUGGACCUGAGUACUCAAAGUAUGCAGGCGCAGCAGUGUUAGCACCAGACAACAGCCAGCAGAGCGACAUGCGUAGGCUGGCCGUAACUUUCCUCAACUCUGACAAUCUUAUACCUGAUAAAAGCUAUCCGUUUAUGGGUGUUAUUUAUUAUCCAGCAAACGAUCUGCCCAGAAUAUUUUUAAGCCAAAUCUGUUCAGCUGAAAGACUAAUGUAUUGCAUUUCUAAAAGCUUGGAAACGCUACAGGAUUUUUAAAGUCGCUUAAGCAGCAGAGCUAGCCUCUCCUUUUUUCACAGCACAGUCUGUAAGUGUUUCAGGCCUCUGCAGCUCAGGUGCUAUGACAAAAAAGUGGGCAUCAUCAAAGAUCAAGAAGCUGCCAAAAUAUUUUUGUAAAACAAAGCAAAUGACAAAGGAGCGAUGCACUAAGAGCGAGGACUUGUAGAAACUUCAAACUCCAAAUCAAGCUCAGUUUCUUCUUCUUUUUUUGUUUCUUUUUAAAGAGAAACUUGCAGCCAUACAUUUUCUAGAAAGAUGAGUAAUGUCUUUUCUGUCAGUGUGGUGCAGCUCCACUACAUAAUUUCACUUUUAGAACAAAUAACUACAUUUUAUGGGAUUUUUUUUUUUUUUUUUUUUUUUAAUGCAGCCCUUUUUCUUUCUUUUCUGGAUCUAUUUUUGCAUCAAAAAUUAGAACCCAAUGCCUCCUUUUUCUUCUUCUUUGUUUUUUUUUUUUUUUAAAUAAUGCCUGUCAUGCAUGUCGAAAGGACUUCAAAUCAUGAGUCUCUACAGGUGCAGCAAUACAGAUCCUGGAGUACUGUGAAGCCUAUUGGCCAGAGCAGAUGCACGACGCUGACAUCAUUGCUCAGCAUCGGCACUGACGUCUGCAUGAAGGUGGGAAGGCAGUAUUACAUGUGUAGCAAAUAAGAGGGAUGAUAUUUCCCUGCUAGUUUUUCCUUCUUUUUUUUAAUUUUUUUUAAUUUUUUUGGUGAAAGUGGGGUUUUUACACUUUGGCCCGAGAAACAUCGGCUCCUGAAGUAUUAAGUAAACAGGUCCACCCUGCCUCUGCUUAAUUGACACAAACCGUACAAGAAGUAGAGACCACUCUGGUGCUAAGGCAGAGAAACUGUUGGCAGGGCUUGCAAGUGUACCUGGACCAAGAACAUCUCACCAACUUAGUUUUUCUUCAUGGUUUUUGGUUUCACGUUAACUUGGCAGUCUUUUUUUUUUUUAUUUUAUUUUUUUUUUUUGUUAUGUAAUAUUAUUCUGUUUUUCUAUUUUUUUUUUUUCUUAUUUGUGUGUCUUUAUUUUGUUUGUGUGACUUUGGGGAAGAGCUUUUUUGAGUGUCAUUGGGGACGAACCCUACCUCUUAUAAAUCCCAGGUUUAUGUUACUGUAAGCAGAGCGUAUGUGGAAUGUGUGUGCACCUGUGGGCAAAGCGCAAUGGACAGAGCGGUCAGAUACUUUGAGUGAUUCCAGUGACUGAGGGCUCGUACGGAGACUCUUUGCCUCGGACUGGCAGAGGUUUAUGGACUGCUCCUGAGGAGAGUACCGGCGCCUCUCACCACCUUUAGUAACUGCAUCUUUCUCUGUCAUUAAUCUCUUUUUCUGUGCAAAAUAUCUCCAAGGAGCCUGCAACGCUCACCUGUGUAUAAAAGACCGGAUAUGUCUCAAGUCAUGUUUAAAACUGACUUUGUUUCAUAAGUCUCCAUAAAGAGGGAGACGGAUUUUAAACACUGGUGACCUGUUGGACGUUCCUUGACCUGUAAAUGCGUACACACAGUACCGGCACGUGAUGUCGUGUAUGGUUAUAUAAAUCUGUCUCAUUACCACUGUGAGUCUGUGGUAUAAGAAUCUGGCACAUUUCUGUGCUUCUAUUAUUAUUUUUUUUUAAUUUUUAUUUUUUUUAUUUUGAGGUGAGAUGUCUUGUUUGACAGAUGCUGAACAGCCCCAUUUCCAAAAACGUUGGGAUGUGGCAUAAAAUUUAAAAUAAAAACUUAAAGCACGGACCUGCAAAUCCUAGAGACAAAUUCAAAAUGUUGCAUUUUCUUUUCUGAACUAUGAUAUGUGUCCGUUUUAACAUUAAAUAUGUUGUCUUUGUACUCUUAUAUAUAUAUAUCGAGAGAGAGGGAGAGAGAGAGAAAAUUUAAAUGUGUAGCUUUUGUUUUUAUUUUGUUUUAUGCAGUGUUCGAACAUUUUUGGAAAGUGGGAUUGUGAAAUAAAGCUGCAAAAAUGGAACCA